CAAUGGGCUGCUUGAGGGGCGUGAGUUGGGCAGUGCAGGGCUGCAGGCUCAGGGGCCGGUAGGGCUGGAGGAUGGCACUUACAGCUGCUGGGCGCUCUGCUAAGUUCUGUGCUCAAGGAGAAGUAGCGGCGCUCGCAGAAGCCGGAAACAUAUCGAAGAAACCCAGAGAGAAUCCCGCGGAGCGCGGGCAACUGCAGCACAGUGUAAGGAGGUGCUGCGUGCGAGCCGAGCCAUGGCUGUGGAGGAAGAAGGAAUACGGGUGUUCCAGAGUGUCAAAAUUAAAAUCGGUGAAGCAAAAAAUCUGCCAUCUUAUCCUGGACCUAACAAGAUGCGUGACUGCUUCUGUACUGUAAACCUGGACCAGGAGGAGGUGUUCAGGACCAAGAUAGUAGAGAAAUCUCUUUGUCCUUUCUAUGGAGAAGACUUUUACUGUGAGAUCCCUCGAAGUUUUCGCCAUUUAUCCUUUUACAUAUUUGACCGAGAUGUUUUUCGGAGGGAUUCAAUCAUGGGCAAAGUCUCAAUUUUAAAGGAAGAUCUGCAGCAGUACAACAACAGGGACACUUGGUUCCAGGUUCAACAUGUCGAUGCUGAUUCAGAGGUUCAGGGGAAAGUGCACCUGGAGCUGAGACUAAGUGAAGUCAUUACUGACUCUGGAGUCAUCUGCCAUAAGCUUUUGGCACGAGUGAUGGGGUGUCAGGGUUUGCCAAUAGUAAAUGGUCAGUGUGAUCCAUAUGCCACUGUAACGUUGUUGGGACCAUCUCGGUCUGAAGCAAAAAAGACAAAGGUUAGGAAGAAGACUAACAACCCACAAUUUGAUGAGGUGUUUUAUUUUGAGGUAACAAAACCCUGCAGCUACAACAAGAAGUCUCAUUUUGAAAUUGAAGAAGAUGAUGUGGAUAAGCUGGAGAUCAGAGUUGACUUAUGGAAUGCCAGUAAUCUAAAGUUUGGUGAUGAAUUUCUUGGAGAACUGAAGAUACCACUGAAGGUUUUGCGGCAGUCUAGUUGUCACAGAGCAUGGUACUUUCUUCAGCCCAGGGACAAUGGGAAGUCUGUAAAGCCCGAUGACCUGGGAUCUCUAAGGUUAAACGUUGUUUAUACAGAGGAUCAUGUUUUCCCCAGUGAAUACUACAGCCCCCUUCGCGAUCUUGUGUUAAAAUCAGGAGAUGUUGAGCCUGUUUCUGCAUCUGCUGCACAUGUGUUGGGUGAAGUGUGCAGAGAAAAACAGGAAGCUGCUAUACCUCUAGUCCGGCUCUUUUUGCACUAUGGCAAGAUUGUGCCUUUCAUCAGCGCAAUUGCAAAUGCUGAAGUGAAUAGAACACAAGAUCCGAACACAAUAUUCCGAGGAAACUCGUUAACCUCAAAGUGCAUCGAUGAGACAAUGAAAUUGGCAGGAAUGCAUUAUCUUCAAGUUACACUAAAACCAAUUCUAGACGAGAUCUGCGAGGCUCAUAAACCUUGUGAGAUAGAUCCGGUAAAGUUAAAAGAUGGUGAAAAUUUUGAAAACAAUAAGGAAAACCUGAAAAAUUAUGUAGACCGGAUAUUUGAUGUCAUCACAAAGUCUGGUGUUAGCUGCCCCACCGUCAUGUGUGACAUUUUUUUCUCACUGAGAGAGUCAGCUGCCAAACGUUUCCAAGGUGACCCAGAUGUUCGAUACACAGCUGUGAGCAGCUUCAUUUUUCUCCGAUUCUUUGCACCCGCCAUCCUAUCCCCUAAUCUAUUCCAGCUCAGCCCUCAUCACCCAGACCCACAGACUUCUAGAACCCUAACUCUAAUCUCCAAGACUAUACAGACACUGGGAAGUUUAUCAAAAUCAAAAUCUGCAAGCUUCAAGGAGAACUACAUGGCUGCGUUUUAUGAGAACUUUCAUGAACAGAAAUAUGCAGAUGCUGUUAAAAAUUUCCUUGAUUUGAUUUCAUCUUCUGGAAGAAGAGAUCACAAAAGAAUAGAGCAGCCAAUUCUUCUUAAGGAAGGGUUUAUGAUCAAGAGAGCACAAGGGAGAAAACGAUUUGGAAUGAAAAAUUUUAAGAAACGAUGGUUUCGUCUUACCAACCAUGAAUUUACUUACCAAAGAAGUAAAGGUGAUCACCCCUUGUGCAGUAUUCCCAUAGAAAACAUUUUGGCUGUUGAAACAUUAGAAGAGGAAUCAUUCAAAAUGAAGAAUAUGUUCCAGGUUAUUCAACCAUUACGAACGCUUUACAUCCAAGCAAAUAAUUGUGUUGAAGCCAAGGACUGGAUAGACAUCCUCACCAAAGUUAGUCAGUGCAACAAGAAGCGCCUCACUGUUUACCACCCAUCAGCCUAUCUGAAUGGUCACUGGCUGUGCUGCAAGGCUACCUCAGAAAAUGCCCCUGGGUGCACACCUUGCACUGGGGGCCUCCCAGCAAAUAUACAGCUUGACAUAGAUGGAGAUAGGGAGACAGAGCGUAUUUAUUCUCUGUUUAACACCUACCUGUGCAAGCUUGAAAAAAUGCAAGAGGCUUGUGGGAGCAAGUCUGUGUAUGAUGGACCUGAGCAGGAGGAAUAUAGCACGUUCCUGAUUGAUGACCCUCGAGAAACCUACAAGACUCUCUAUCAGGUCAUAGAGGCAGUGAAAACAUUGGAACAGGAGCAUGCUCAGUACAAAAUGGAUAAGUUCAAAAAGACAAAGUAUGGAAGCCAAGAGUACCCUAUAGGCGACAAGAGCUUCCAGAGCUAUAUCAGGCAGCAGUCAGAGGUAUCUGCACAUUCCAUUUGAGCCAAUGUAGGAUGCACUUAAAGGAUUAAAGAAGGAAAGAGGAAAUGUUUCAUCUCCGAAGAUGUUGGCAUAUGAACAGAGCAGAGAGUGCUUGAAUGCCUGGCCAAUACCCAAUGCUUUAUACUUACAAGCAGAGACUUGCAGAGAUUUCAGAGUGUGUUGUGGGGACUGUUACAAUACUUGCUAUGCACUUUAUUCAUCUGAUAACAGAUGGCAGAACCUUUUUCCGUUUGUUGGUAGCAUUUACCUUUUUUCCUUGUGAUCGGUUCAGUGAACUGCUUCAUAGAUGGACUUUUUGCUUUAUUCCUUAAAA